AUGAUCAGCCCAGAACUUUUCACCAUUUUGGGAGAAAUCAAAUACACGUCCAUUUACUUUAAGGACUGCUGCUAUAGUCAGUACAUCCACAAGUUCCGCACGGCCGUCCUUGUUGUGCAAGUGAUUCGCAACCUCAUAAAAAUUUAUAGGGAUUACGCAGCCUCCAGGACGGAGCCCAUUUCCUUCAGCGAGUAUGUCGGCUUUGACACCGAGACUGAAAACCUUCUGUUUGACCGUUCCCUUUUCAAGGCCAAAACGGAGAUGGUUCUUAGUUCGGAAGCGAAACAGAUCCUGACGAGCCCGCCAGAGAAGAGGACGGCGGAAGAAGCCAAGCUGGCCAUGCUAUCCCUGAGGAUGACAGUCAGCUCCUUCGCUGGAUAUCCUGUCCAUAUACAAGAGAAAAUAGCCAAGGUCGGCUGGUAUGAAUGUUUUGGGCCUGGAAGAGUCAUCAUAAGGCAAGGGCACGUUGCUCAAAACUUCUACCUGAUUCUCUCGGGCACGGCUGUAGUUACCAAAGUGUCACGCAGUAAGAAGACGGGGGAACAUUUUUCCAAGACGGUGGCCUUCUUGAAGAAAGGGAAGUACUUUGGGGACGUGGCCAUUUUGACUAACACCAAGAGGAAUGCAACAGUGGUGUGCCAUGACGCUGUGUCCUUGCUUGCUAUAACUAGACAGGAUUUUCUGAGCAUUUUCUUGAGCAGUGACUCCCAAGAAGGACCUGAUUACAUACGUUUGCUAGAAAGCAUUGAUCUUCUCAGUGGAUGGCCAGUUCAUAAGCUACCUUACAAUAACUCCAGAAUCUGCGUCCACACCUUCUACAGACCAGGGAUGGUCAUUACAAAAGAUUCCAAGACGUCGUCAAAAAUCUAUGUGAUCAAAAGCGGAUCUGUCCGUGUAUUAAAAGCCAUGACCACUCCAAAGUCACAGCCAUUUCAGAAUACCUAUCGUCUGCAGAGCAAGCACGUGUUCACCGAGGAAUUGGGAGUUAAAUCACCAGGACAGGAUCACAAAUAUGAAGAUCCAUCAUGUACUUUCACUGAAGAAGAGCAUCUACUGCCGCUCCUGCAGAAGGAAAGAAAACUGAAGGAAACGGCAAGAUCAAGUCCAGCCGCCACCCGGCCGCCCGUCAUAUCGGUAACACAAGAAGAUGAAAACGCUCCCCAAGUAUUUAUUCACAUCCAGACACUCAGAGCGGGUGACGUUUUUGGACUGGUUUACACAAUUUUUGAAGACACUUUGGGCAUGGCAUUGGUUUCAGACGGAGCAGAAUGCAUCGUCAUAUCUAAAGAAUUCUUUAAAAAACAGAUGACUGAGGAAUACAUCCAUAAAUUAUCACGACAAAUGCAGCCAUACCCGACCAGAGAGAUGCUGCAGCAGAAAAUGCAGGACUACAUGAAAUGGCAGUCGUACAAGUCCCACCUUGUCAGAAAGCAGCGGUGA